CGUUAACCAAUCCAAGGCGUGGGCGGAGCCUGAGGCGGGGUAAGGCGUUGCUGACGAAGAUGGCUGCUGAGGUGCAGAGCGAAGGGGAGGUGCCUGCCCGAGACUCCGGCCCGAGUGAUGCCAUCUGCAGUUUUGUCAUCUGCAAUGAUUCUUCCCUUCGAGGUCAGCCUGUUAUCUUCAAUCCUGACUUCUUUGUGGAAAAACUCCGACACGAGAAACCUGAGGUGUUCACUGAGUUGGUGGUCAGCAACAUCACAAGGCUUAUCGAUUUACCUGGAACUGAGCUGGCUCAGCUGAUGGGAGAAGUGGACCUCAAAUUGCCUGGUGGGGCUGGCCCAGCAUCAGGAUUCUUCCGGUCUCUAAUGUCUCUCAAGCGGAAGGAAAAAGGAGUAGUAUUUGGAUCCCCAUUGACAGAGGAAGGCAUUGCCCAGAUAUACCAACUGAUUGAAUAUCUGCACAAAAACUUGCGAGUAGAGGGUUUGUUUAGAGUUCCAGGCAAUAGUGUCCGACAGCAGAUUUUAAGGGAUGCUCUCAAUAAUGGAACUGAUAUUGACUUGGAAUCAGGGGAGUUUCAUUCAAAUGAUGUUGCUACUUUGCUGAAGAUGUUUCUAGGAGAGUUACCGGAGCCCCUGCUGACACAUAAACAUUUCCAUGCGCACCUCAAAAUUGCUGACUUGAUGCAGUUUGAUGAUAAAGGAAACAAGACCAAUACACCAGAUAAGGAGCGGCAAAUUGAGGCUCUGCAGUUGCUCUUCCUCAUUCUCCCUCCACCCAAUCGUAACUUGCUGAAGUUGUUACUUGAUCUCUUGUACCAGACAGCAAAGAAACAAGACAAGAAUAAAAUGUCUGCCUAUAAUCUUGCCCUUAUGUUUGCACCCCAUGUCCUGUGGCCAAAAAAUGUUACUGCAAAUGACCUUCAGGAAAAUAUCACAAAGUUAAACAAUGGGAUGGCUUUUAUGAUCAAACACUCCCAGAAACUUUUUAAGGCUCCUGCUUAUAUUCGGGAAUGUGCCAGGUUGCACUAUUUGGGCUCAAGAACUCAAUUGUCAAAGGAUGACCUUGAUCUGACAGCUUCAUGUCAUGCUAAGUCCAUCCAGCUGGGAAAAUCUCAGAAAUGGAACCAAGCAGAUUCCUACUCUCAGCAGGAGGAGAUCCAGCAGCGUACAGAAGAGGCGCUAAGGGAGCUCGUCCAGCAUGUUCAUAAUAUGCCGGAGUCAGCAAAGAAGAAGCAACUUAUUAGACAGCGCAAAGUCCUGGGAAACCAGAUGAUGUCAGAAAAGAAAAACAAGUAUCCUACUCCAGAAUCUGUGGCCAUGGGUGAAUUGAAGAAUGGCAGCAAAGAAAAUAUGAACUUAUUAUUUUCUGACUCUCCAGCUGUCAUGAUGACACCAACAAGAUUGAAAUGGUCUGAGGGGAAGAAAGAGGGGAAAAAAGGAUUCCUCUGAAGGAUCUAGAGUUCUCCUGUCUCCCACCCAGAAUUUAGUGGGCCAGCUAUCAUUUCUACUCAUAGUGAAGCUUGGACUUGCAGCUUGCUCGCUGCUGUUUGAACUGAAAAAGCUGACUAAUCCUGUGACCCGACUGAUACCUCUAAUCCUACUCACUGGAUGAUGUUUGUAAGCUGUGCCUUCAGAGAGAGUGCUAGGGUCUUUCUCUCUUUUUCAAUAUUAUGGGGAAACCACUACCCAGCCAGCAGCAUAUACAGUACAGUAAAUGGGCAGAACCAGGGACCUCCAGUGCUCAGUCAGUGUUUUUAGGCCAAUUCUGUUUUUAAAAAUAGGAAAUUUUGUGCUCAACUGCCAUUUUUUUAAAAAAAAGUACUGUCAACCAUAAUGGGUUGAUAUUAUAUUCUACUGAUAUUUUGGACUUCUCUCAUGUUUUGAUGUGUUGCUUAUUGUUUAUCUGUUUUAAAAUGCAUUUUAGGGGGAUUGGUAAUUGAAACGGGCUGUAAGCUAGAAACUUCCAUCCUUUUUUACCUUAGGCUUUGGGAAAGUUCCUUAUCUCAUGAGGCCAUAUUCUUUAGCAUCUUAUUUAUCUUCAAAGAAUUUAUAGCUUUCUUGGAAAUUUAAAAUUAUCUUUUUGGGGUCUAGAUUGCAGGGUAUUUGACCUCUAGUGUCAAAAAAGGAGAGUUCAGAACAAUAUUUUAGCAAAUUUUAGUUAUUAAACUAUUUUUCCUCUCUUCCUCUGUUCAUCCUUCCCCUCUUAAUCUCUCCCUUUUCCUUAGUGAUGUGAAAAAUUGUGUGGUUGUUGCAGUUGUUUCCUUCCCUCAGUAUCUUCUCAUCUACAACAUCUCUGGUACUGAGUGAAUACUUCUGUGCCAGAUCACUGCGACUCACGAAGUCCCGGACAGCCUUAUAGAGGAUUGCUGAAAUCUGUGCAUGUGGUGGGCAGCUCUCAAGUGUGUCUGGAGGGCCUGGCUGACUGUGGGUGGACUCUGUCGCACCUUCCUAGGAGUCAUACGUGCAGCUAGACCAUUUCCCGAGAGCAGGUUGCAAUUGGAGGAGAGGGGUGGAUGGGCUGUACAGGGCCCAGAGCAUUCUUACUUGGAAGCCAUUGUGGCUUACCACCAGUGCUCAGGGACAAUUGCUGCAGUGCCUGGUCCUUGUCAGAAUGGGCACAGGUAGCAGGUGGGAGAUGGGGCUAGAGUAUUUGGCUUUUGGGUUGGGUAUGUUCACACAGGUUUGAGGUGAGCAGUGGCAUGGCAUUGAUCUUAAUGAAGGGUUCACUGCCCAGAGUAGUGUGUGGCAGGCGGAAAUGUUCUGGUUUAUCCCUGGUUCUGUUAAGCUGUAUACCAUUCUUACCCUAUGUGUUGGAGCUGAGUCAGGCCCACUGUGGAGAAGAAGGUGCCUAGCGAAAUAUUGUUUGCUGACCUAUCUUUAAACAAUUGAAAAUGCUGCAUUAUUGCUGAAAUGAUGAAUGACUCUGGAAUAGCAGAGUUUGGCUUUAUGUCUGGGUGACAACCCUCUUUUCCAUCCUGUAGUGUUUCUUUUGCUGCUGUUAACCCAUUUGUGAAGAAAAUAUACAAUUGGGCCUUCCAACAUGAUAAAUUGGGGCAGUAAAGGUAUAGAAGUAUAAAACUGCUUAGGAGCCCCUUAUUCUACAGCAGUCUUAGGUCAUUCUUUAAAAUAUUCACAAGUAAAUGCACAUGACUUUUUUUCUUAUUAGGAAAAAAUGCAUUUUCUUGUAUCAAGUAACAGCAAAUUCAGAGACCCCUUUGGUAUCACUAAAUCAAAGUAGUGUUCUUCCUUAACUCAGUACUUUUUCUUUAUUCAUUUAAGUGUGUUUAUCCUGGAGUGGUGUGGUGGUCUCUUAUGUAUGGUCUGGUAUCAGGUAGAGGGAGCAGAAAGUGACUCAGUGGCUGCUUGUCAUCCAGUUUUGUGCUGUUUUAUGCUGUUUGAGAGGUGCCUGAGACUUAGGAGAUGCUAAGGGAUUGGUCACUGCGGGCAGUAUCCUGCGGUGAGAAUGAUGAGAGAGGUGUGUCCCAUGUGCACAUGCUUGGGCGGCUUAUGUUUGUGUAUGGGUAUGUGUGUUAUUUAUUGAAUAUGUGAUGACCCUUGUUUUAAGGGUAUUAUAGGUCAUUUUUCUUAUAGAAGCUGUGAUCCAGUUGGAAACCAAAUUUGAAGAAUAAGCAGCAAAAUUUUCUACGUUAUAAUCUGUAACUAUUCUAAUCCUGUGAAAUCUUAUGAUAAACUUAAAAAAAAAACUUUUUCAUUUCACAGAAGGUUACUAUAUCCCUUCUGACUUAGUAAGCAGGUAUUUUUGAGCCAGUAUUUAAUUAAUUUUUUUAACCUGUAAGGUGUUUAAAAAUCCAUUUUGUUGUGUUUAUUUUUCAUAUGGGAACAAUCUCUUUGGAAGUGCCUUUUGUGGUUUUUAAAGCUUCAUUUUUUUCUGGGGUCAGUUGCCAUGGGUUUUGAUGUGGUGUCAAUUUGGAGCACUGUAUUUGUGCCAGGGGAACACAGCAUAAAAACACAGACUGCUUCCUUGACUAAGAUCUGUUUGGGUGAGCUGCAUUGGAUAGAUUAGUGGAAGCUGCAGGCACUGAGUUUUCAGCCUUUUACAGUGAUGGGCUUUGGCAUUUGGGACCGAUGAAUCUUGGUCGAAAAACCCCAGUGUAGCAAUGAAAGAGGGUCAGGAGAUAGGGGUUAUACCUGAGUGCCAGAACAUACAAGAGGAGCAGGUAAUGAAUCAUAAUCAAACCACAACUCAUCCUGCACAAAGGAAAGCUCUUUACGCUGAUUGUCCUUCCAGGGUCAGUCAGGAAUGACAAGGGGAGGGGCACCCUUAGGUGGUACAGAGUGGUUUUGACUAUGGUGACCAUUGGCUGUGCCAGAGGUGGCUGUUUUGUUGGUCCAUAAGGAAGCCAGUUGAUCUUGGUGUUAGAGCAGGUCAUUCUUUCCUCCAGAGUGGCAAUCUUUCUGUUCAGCUUCCCUAGUAGGAGCUUCUGGGAGCAUACGGUUUAAAACACUGCAUCCUAGGGGAAUUUGUGGUCACUGGGACUGUGCCCCACGGUGCCUGCCAGUGUGACCAAGCAGUGGGAGGCCAUCCUUGGGAAUGACCAUCUCUAGACUUCACCUACUUCCAUGCUUUUUGCUGGCCUCCCAAGGGGUUGGAAGGUGAUAGCUCCUAUUCUGAGGCCACUUCUGUGUAGAACUACUUUCCCCAGGAGAGAGCCUCAUCCUUUCCUUCCUCUGCUCUGAAGGGUGCUGAAGACAGGGCCUAGCUUUAAAUCUGGAUAUCGGCCAGACUGCACAAGAUUUGGGAAAAAUUUAGUCCCUAAGAUGCAAAGCUUUUGAAUGCAGUGGUAAUUAGCCAGUGGCAAACUCACUGUGGAAAGCUGGCUUUACUAGAACAACUACUGCUGAGAUCAGGGUAGAGUUGUUGGAGGCAGAUUAGUGAGGAGGUGGAGUACAAAUAGCUGGAGUGCUUGAGUUACCCUGGAAACGAGUGUGUAAGGCCACAGCUCAUGCUGAAGAGCCAUUGAGCAUGCCUCUGACAUGUUUAGGGACCAGCACAUCCUGUCA